CUUAAAAUGAAAAUCAUCAAAAUUUUACUACUCCUUUGCAUUGUCUCUUCAGUGUUCACACAACUCACAUAAAGUGCUCCACCAUCUGGUCAACGUAAGAUGAUUAAAUUAAUUUAAUCUAGCUGGCUCUGGAACAUCAGGCUCGACAUAAGGUGCCCCUACUGGUCAACAAGGAUAAUAAAAUACAUCUGGUAUCUAAUAAUAUCUUAUGAUUUUUAGGUGGCUAAUAACCAGGAGGCCAAUAAUAAGGUGGAAUGUAAUAAGGUGGUAUGCAAUAAGGUGGCCAGUAAGGUGGUCAAUAAGGUGGUCAAUAAGGCGGUCAAUAAGGUGGUCCAUAAACAGGAGGAAAGGCCAAGAAAUGCUUACCAACAUAAGCUUAAGGACAAUAAUAAGGAACAUAAUAGGGUUAAUAAUCAGGACAAUAAUAACCAACUUAAUAAACCCUACCUGGAAAUCAACUACCAGGAACUUAAACAACUCAAUAAUAACCUCCAACUGGAACAUAGUAAUAACCAACAGGUACUUAAUAACCUCCAACUGGAACAUAAUAAUAACCAACAGGAACUUAAUAACCUCCAACUGGAACUUAAUAAUAGCCAACAGGAACAUAAUAACCAGGUGGAACUUAAUAAUAACCAGGUGGAUAAAUGGGAUAAGGUGGAUAAGGCUAAAUGGGAUAAGGUGGAUAANAGUCUUCAAACCCAUAAAUCAAGAUAACUUACGAGCACAAAGUCAAAAUGAAAAUUCGUGUGAAGGCGAUAUUUAAGACAGUAUAUAUGAGAUUGCAUCCUUUUCAAUUUCUUUAAUAAAAUGUUCAAGAUCAGAGGUAGCAGCAAUCUUUUUAUUCCAACAGGUUUAACUGAAUUAUGUAAUAGUAUUUUUGAUAGUAAAUCCUUUUUCGCCAAUAUUUUGGGUUAGCUAAGAAUAAUUUUAUAACAUUAUUUACAUCGGGCAUCAACCUGAUCUUAAUUUAACUCUCUCAUUACAUUCAAUCCUAUUGAAUUCAAUGUUCAACAGUUCAUUUGAGUUACUAACUGAGCAUACUUUGAAUAUUAGGCUCAUUUUGAUAUGAUGAGUAAAAUCAUAAAAUUGUACCAAAUAGGAAGACUUUAUAUUUUA